GUGCCUCCCCGCCCUGUAACCACAACCCACACCCUUCGCCAGUCAACUGCAGCCGGGGGUUCUCUUUCUGUGUUGUGUCUCCCUGUUCUUAUAAGGUUUUCCCUGUACGGACGGACGGACGGCCAUCUCUUUGAGAGAUCGAGAUUUCGAAAAUGCGAUUCAAGACGGAGCUCAAAAACAUCCGUACCUUUUCCAGUGCGUUUGACCCCACAACCCCCAUGCCUGCCUGUUUGCCCGCCCGCCCGCCGGCUUUGCUACGUCCUCGGGUUCGCUUGUUGACUCUCUCGCCGUUCCCUUCGCUUUACAGAGCUCACCGCUGCUCUCAAUUCGCUCGAGAAGAUCGCAUGGGUUCGCCUAGACGAUGAAACGGCGCGCUUCACCGUCAUUCCCGACACGGGUUCUCAAGUCUGGUCGUAAGAUUGCUGCACUCUGGCUCUGGUAGCGUGUUCGGAAGCUAUGGUUACUGAAUCAUGGCCCAGUUCUCUACCCAUGGACUUCAUCUUUGACAGCUAUCACAUCCAAUCCGCCGAAGAGCACAACACCAUCAAUCUAGAGCUGCCACUGCAACCCCUUCAACGUGCUCUACGUUCUGCGCUCAACAGCACCUCCGCCUCGCUGCGACUGACCAAGAAGGAUGGAAUUCCUGUGCUGUCCAUGACGAUCACGACCACGACGAACGCCUCCUCGGGAUCAGGUCUCCCGGGCCGCAAUGCCGCCUACGCUGGCCUCGAAAACGACCCUUUUGACGAGGACGACCAGGGAUUCGCAGCUGAGCAUCUAGAGACGUCUCUGCGCCGCGAGCGCGAGAAGAUCAUCACCCAGGACAUCCCCGUGCGGGUGCUGCAUCCAGAGACGGUAGAGACAAUCAUGCAGCCCACGGUGCGCGAGACAGACGUGCACAUCACCAUGCCGCCUCUGCUCCAGCUCAAGGCCAUCUCGGACCGCUUCACCAAGCUCGCCGUCUCGUCCGGCACAAACUCCCGCGUGAGUCCUAAGCUAGAGCUCAGCGCCAACAUGUUUGGUAACCUGAAGCUGCGGAUCGCCACCGAGGCCGUCGACGUCUCGAGUACUUGGUCCGGGCUCGUCAAUCCGGAGCUGGACCCUACGCAGCUGGAGAUGCCCGUUGAUGAGCACCCGAGCGUCAAGUUCAAGGAAGGCGGGCCGGAGAAGUGGGCGACGGUGAGGGUGGAUGGCAAGGACUGGAGUCGAGUGUUGAGUGUAGGGAGGCUCGAGGGGAGGGUUGUUGCUGCUUUUGCUGACGACCAUGCUUUGAUUCUGUACGUCUACGUGCCGCAGUAUGAUGAUGCUACUGCAGACGACGCCGUACUCACUUACUACGUGACAUCGUUCAGCGCUUAAGCUGUGUUUACGAUUUUGUACUGUCAAUGACGGGAUUGGAGUUAUUCGGGACUGGCGUUCAGGUUGAUGAAAAAUAGGUACAGUGAGGUAGAUGUCGGCAUUUAUUUCAGCCUCAAGGGCUGGAUCAAUCCGCAGACCAGGUUGAAGUUGAGUCAUAAAAUGGGAUUCUAUCUUCGCAAAGUCACUAGUCAAAACGUCUCUGU